UCUGUCGUUCUUCCAAGACAUGUCGUUGCGGAGGUACGAGAAGACUACUUUCGCCGGGUAGAUAUAUAAGGAGCAGCAACUGGUACCAGAUAUCCUUACCCAGCAGCUACUACUUCAGCGCACUCGAGUCUACGACAGGAAUUUUGUGCUCCCACCAAAGUCCCCGCUUCCAAGAUGCAGCCCUCAACCGCCGUUGCCAUUCUGGCUUUCGCCGCCGUUGCAGCCGCCACUCCCCUCAACAGCCUCUUCGCCCGCGAGACCGAUCCAAAGCUCUUCACGCUCUCCCAAGAGCGCCAGCGCAUCAGUCUCAACUGCAUCCCCGGCGUGGGUUGCGAGCCUGUGGAAGUAACUGGAGGUGCGUACAUACAUAUCCCGCGGUACCCCCUCACCCCAAUUCCAAACCCGGCGUUCCUGCUGACCGUCUUUCCCACCCCAAUAGCCACAGUAUCCAAUUACUGUAACGCUGGCGGCUGCGGCGCGCAGCGCUUCGCCGACUUCGAGGAGUCCUGGUGCGAGAAGGACCUCCCCUACUGCGACGACCGCACCUUCAGGCUUGUCAGCGCCGCGGAGGGGGACUGCAAGCGUGCUUUCGAUUUGACGCCGGAGAUGCAGGGACAGGGGUAUGCGACUGUCAAGGAAGGUGAUACUGUCGUGGGAACUUGCUGGGUCGACUUUUCAGAGCAUUACGAGGGCGGUUCGUGUGCGGUCAACGUUGUCAUCACUUCGGACAGCAGAGUCAUUUGCCGCUUGGACUGAUAGGUGCACGUGC